CACACGCAAAAUGGCUCACGAAAACGUUUGGAACUCUCACCCUCGUAGAUUUGGUAAGGGCAGCAGACAAUGUGCUCACACUGGUCGCCGUCUUGGUUUGAUCCGCAAGUACGGUUUGAACAUCUCUCGUCAAAGUUUCCGUGAGUUCGCCAACGACAUUGGCUUUUACAAGUACCGUUAAAAUUUAAUGACGGUAGUCAUAUUGUCUAAAUAAAAUCGCGUGCAAUACGGA